AGUUUCUGAAAUCGGUUUUCGACAUAAAAGAAGCAUUUUUAUCAAAUAUUGUGUUAAAUUUUUUAGAUAACAUAAACGAAAGAUACUUAAGAUAUGAUAUUUGGAUUUGCAAGCGGGUUGUCAGGAAUACUCCUAGACAUAAUUCUUUCUCAUCAUUAUGUUUUAUAGCAUUUCAUGUACAGAAGUGACUGAAAUAUCGUCAACUAAAUUACGGUUGGCCAAGAAUUGUGGGCUUUUGACUAUUUUUGUAAAUAUUUUAUCCAAUGGGCCAUUGUCUAAGUUGCUUCAAAGAUCAAGCCAAUGUUGAAAUUACUUCAACUCAAAGAAAAAAAGAUGAGAUGACAGAAAUUGUCACUUCCAGCCAAGUGCCUGCUGUUAUGGUAUCAGAUUAUCCUCAAGAGGAACCACUUUUACAUAAUAAUGAAAAUAGUGUAACAUAUAAGAGUAAUACCAUUCCUCAGAAUGCAAAUACAAUAAUUUCUAUUGGAGAACCUUGCUCAGGUGAUGUUACAAAUUCACAAAGGAUACAAAAGGCUUCUGACAAACAGCCAAAAUCAUUUUACCAGAAGUUGCCUUCUAUUCCACGUACUAUGUCAUCAUUAGGGUCAAGUGAACCAAGAGUUUCGGAAUUCAAAAUCAAUCAAUUAUUUGAUCUGUAUAAAGAUUCAUUAGAAGAUGCCAUUCUUGCAGAAGGAAUAGAGAAUCUUUGUAAUGAUUUACAAUUGAGCCCAGAUGAUUUCAAAGUUUUGAUUCUGGCUUGGAAACUGAAUGCUAGCCAAAUGUGUAGAUUUACACAACUAGAAUUUGUACAGGGCCUCAAAAACAUGAAAACGGAUUCAAUCAAAGGCAUACAGUACAAAUUGAAUGAAAUAACUAGUGAACUUAGGAGAGAUUCUGAUAACUUCAAGGACUUGUACAGAUUUACUUUCAAAUUUGGUCUAGAUGUUAGUACUGGUCAAAGGAUACUACCUACUGAUAUUGCAGUGCUAUUAUGGCGUCUAGUCUUUACCAAUAAUGAGCCACCUGUUUUGGAGAAAUGGUUGAGUUAUUUGGAAAAGAAUACUCACAUAAGAGGCAUUCCUAAAGAUACUUGGUACAUGUUUCUCAAUUUCUGUGAGUUUGUGGGAGAUGAUCUCAGCACUUAUGAUGACACUGAGGCCUGGCCUAGCUUAUUUGAUGAUUUUGUAGAGUAUGAAAAUGAUCAAAUGAAUCAGAAUAUUACAAAAAAUGACCUCAAGAUUCAAGACUAAAUAAUUCGUUUUUGCCAAAUUUUAGCUAUUUAGGUACUUAAAGGUAUUGAGACUGACAAUCUUGUUAAAUAUAAUAAUGACAAUUUAGUCUUGUAUCAAAUAAUGAAAUAAAAAUAAAGCGCUUGAAUUGGGUGUUAGCCAGUAUAUGUCAAACACUGAUUUAGAAAUGAAUUUUUAUAUUAGGUCACUAAUUCUUUACCACAAAGAUUGGCAUUUAUCAAGAAUGUAAAUCAGAACUAGUACCUUGGAAAUCUGUCAAUAUCACAGAAGAUUAAACUGAACGAGGCAAGAAUUUGUUUCUGUACUGAUGAACACCUGUAAUGGAAAAAAAUGUGGAUGUAGGUACUAAUGAGAUUCAAAAUAAUUUAAAUGUACAUAGUUAUAUUUUAUAAAUAACUACUUCUCAAGAUAUCUACUGUAAUGUGUGUAGUUAUAGAUUUAAUAAAAUAAACAUUAUUGUGACAUUCCAGUGAUGGAAUUAGCCAAAACAUGUAUAUAUAUCAUACAUACAG